GUGUCUACCGGAAGCAAAAGUGGUCAAAAAAGGUCAAUGGUAAACACAGAAACGCGUUUGCAAUGGCAUCUGUCGUGCUCAGAUCUACAAAUCGGGUCAUUCGUUUGACUACGUGCGCGAGAAUAAAGCAGAUGCAGUCCGUGUGUUGUGUUCAGAGCAGAUACGCAAGAUACGCCAGCACAUCUGAGGAAGACAGAAGAACACCGAAAAUAUACACAAAAACAGGAGAUAAAGGCUUUUCCAGUACUUUCACAGGUGAGAGGCGACCAAAGGAGGAUCAUAUAUUUGAGGCUUUGGGAACGACAGAUGAAUUAUCAUCUGUAAUUGGGUUAGCCAGAGAAUUUUGCUUCGACAAAGGUCAUUCAUUUACAGACCAGUUGGAUAAGAUCCAAUGUGUCCUGCAGGAUGUGGGGUCAAACAUUGCUACCCCUCUAUCAUCAGCUAGAGACAGUCACAUCAAAAAGACAAAGUUCAGCUCCCAGCCAGUGACAGAACUGGAGAGAUGGAUUGAUUCGUUCACAGAAGAGCUGCCUCCGCUCACUAACUUCAUACUACCUUCAGGAGGUAAAAGCAGUGCCGCUUUACAUGUAGCCAGGGCAGUUUGUCGACGGGCGGAACGCUGUGUUGCCCCUAUUGUCCGUUCUGGAGAGGCAGAUCCUGAAGUUGCCAAAUAUCUGAACAGAUUGAGCGACUACUUGUUCACCUUGGCUAGAUAUGCUGCAAUGAAAGAGGGCAAUGCAGAAACCAUCUACAACAGACCUGAGUAGAGAAGGAAACGCUUAGUCUUAUCUAGAAUUUGAACCAUGGUUUUGAAUUCGAAAACAUUUUCUUUGGCAAAUUCUCAGCAACAUCCCUGGGAACAAUGAACAUUAGGGAACAUGUUUGUUGAAAUUGAUUUUUAACACACACCACUGAUGCACUACAGCCUAUGCCAGCAUCUCAGGGUGUAUUAAAGGGAUAGUUCACCCAAAAAUGAAAAUUCUGGCAUUUAUGGCAGAUUGUUCCAAACCUUUAUAAAUCUAUUUGUUCUGCUAAACACAAAUGAAGACAUUUGUUUUGGAUUAUUGUUGCCUCCCAUUGACUCCCAUAUUUAUUUUCCAUACUAUGGCAGUAAACAGGGGCCGAGAUUUGCUCUUUCAAAUAUCUUCCUUUGUGUUUAACAGAACAAAGACAUUUAUACAUACAUAUAUAUGUGUUUAGGUUUGGAAAUAUCUUAGGGUGAGUAAAUGAAGAAAGAAUUUUCAUUUUUGGGUAAACUAUCACUUUAAAGCUGUAUCUUCAUUUAAAGAUUAAUUUUCAAUUUAAACUGAAAUGGAAAUUUGUUUUGAAAAUGUAUUCUAAUAGUACAAUCUGUACUCAGAUAUGAAGUGAAGACAUUUUCUUAAUGGUAUAAAAAAAAACUUUACAUGAAAAAGGACCUAUAUAUGUGUUUUACUUGCCACAGAACUGCUGGAGUUUUGAACCUAGAAUCAACAUGACCUUUAAACAGAAUCUGAUAAUAAACGACAGUGCACAUUUA